AGGAAGCUGACGAGAGCUUUGACAUCCGGCUCGUCCCUUAUCUCUUGCUCCAUAAUCCCCGCCGUGGCCACGUUAAUACUUUAUCCGUAGGUUGUAUUAGCCAAGGAAAUUAGGGAUUGGAGGGGAAAUGAGGUGUGCUGGGGAAAGGAAGAUGGUGAGAGAAAUGACAGUCACCUCACCUCGUCUCUUAUCUCCUGCUACUUAUUCCCGCCGUGACAACGUUAAUACCCUAUACGUAGUGUUUUCUGCCUGAUGGGUGACAACAAUGGUGAGACCAGUCCAUUCCAAGCGCAAACUGUUCAGUGCCAGCAAAGAACAGAAGGAAAAUGACCCAGCUGACAGUGAAUUGAGGGGCAAGACUCCCUCAGAGCAUCAGGGCCUAACGGACAGUAGCAACACGCUAAACAUUGGCUGUCAAAAGAGGGGUGGAAGCAGUGGUGUGGGCAGCCACGUAAAGACAAUGGUGGGGUGGGCAGAAGACGUGACCACAGCCCACCACACCCCCAGCCGGCCAGUCAUGCCCAUGUCUGAGAGGCAGCAGAUCGCCCUUCUCAUGCAGAUGUCCUCUCCCUCUCCACCAGAUAAGGCAGAACUGAACCGGUCCAGCAGCCCUCGCACACCCAACACUCCCAGCUUUGGCCGAGGAGUGAACAAACGUAACGAGAGGGGGGAGACGCCUCUCCAUGUGGCGGCGAUAAAGGGGGACAACGAGCGCAUCUCCCAACUCAUCUCCCAAGGGGCCGAGGUCAACGCCACGGACUAUGCUGGCUGGAGCCCACUUCAUGAAGCAUGUAACCGUGGAUUUUACGGAGUGUCCAAGUUGUUGAUUGAAGCUGGAGCAGACGUUAAUGCCAAAGGUCUUGAUAACGACACUCCCCUACAUGAUGCUUGCAUUAACAACCACUUUAAGUUGGUACGGUUGCUGCUAAGAUGUGGAGCAGGUGUUGAUGUGGUGAACCGGCGAGGGAAGACACCGAGAGACGUCUGUCGAUCACCAGGUAUUGUUGCACUAAUAGAGGCAGCGUCACGAGGUCUCAUACAAGAACUGGGCUCAUCUUCUGGAGACGAGCUUCCACAACCUUACAUCGGUGGUAGCUGCACAAGUAUGUCUAGGCGGACUCCUCCUGCCAACAAAUCUUCAGAGGACAAGCCUGGGGUAGGACCCGGGUCACCACGUGUCACUUUACGUCUGCCAAACGCAGUUUCACGCACACCAGAGAAGCCAAGACCCCACGACAGCAAAAACAUAAUGGAAAACAGUGAGGAUGUGUACGAGUUCAAGUGCAGUAAGGAUGAAGGGAGAGGGGAGGAAGAUGAGGACAAGACCGCAGCAGCUGCACCUCCAAGGCCAGAUGCUGGACCACCUGAAGACAAGGGAGACAAGAGAGGCAGAGAAGGAGAGACUGAAGAAGAUGAGGAAGCAAGAAAAAAGAGGAGAAAGGAGGAAGUGAAAGACGCAGCAGUUAAAGGUGUAGGACGAGGGGGUGGCCGUCCCACUGGAACCUCAGAUAAGAAUGUCAAGUCAGGAGGACGUGGGACCACUGCAGGGAACAAUACCGGUGGCAAUGCCCCCAAGCAGACUACCACAGUCAGUGGUCCACCUGCUGGGGAGCAGCGCAAGAGCCCUAUGGGGUCAGCAGCCAACAGUCCUAAACCUCCAAGCACCAAAAAUGGUGGGGACAGUAGUGACACUGAAGAUGAUGUCAAAAGUGAAUCCAGCUCCGGUGCCGGGCCCAAGGUGCCGCCCCUCAAGAUUGUCCUCGGCGGCGGCACUGAGCAGGAGACCAGCACACGUAACGGCAAGAGUUCCAGCAAUCGUCAGCUGCCGUACGUGGUGAACACGAGCUCUGGGGAAGAAAAAGAGGUUCCCAUGGACGGCAAGGAGCCAGGAGUGACUGUGAAGGUGAAUUGUGAUAAUGAGGAGCAAGGGGGUGCUGGCAGCAGUUCUGGCAGUGAGAAGGGCAGUGGCACCAGAAUCACCAGGUCCCAGCGAGGCAGCGGUGGUGGGGGAAACUCCAGCUCUGCAGAGGAGUCUACUACAGCCUCAACCUCAGUGGUGAAGCAGGAGGUGACGGUGAAGGUGGAGGAGGCCGCCCGGCCCACCACCACCAUGGACGAUGCCGUUCACCCCCGCAAGAGGAAAAUCAAGAUGAAGGAGCCAGAGUGUGAGCCUCCUGCAGUCUCCUUGGUGGAUCAGCCAAUGACUAAUUGUUAUGAAACCUUUCUCAAUAUCAGGAAACAGAUUGAGCGGCGACGUGAGAAUCUUCGACCUGUUCAGCCCAAGCCCCCCCAAGGGUUUAAAGACUACUUAAUGAACCGGUGCUCCUACGUCUUGGCCGGCAAUGCCACCUCCAGACUGUCGCCCAUCAUGACUCCGCCUGCCGCCUUGAAUCAGGUCCUCAAGGAUCUCUUUACAGAUCAGGAAAAGGAGCGCUACAGACUCCGACUUCAGCAUCUAAUAGAGAAGGAGAAAUUAGUGCUGAGUGUGGAGCAAGAGAUUCUGCGUGUUCACGGGCGUGCAGCGCGUGCAUUAGCCAACCAAGCGCUGCCCUUUUCUGUCUGCACAUUCCUGAAGGACGAGGAGGUUUAUAACAUUAUUUCACCGGAACAAGAGAAAGACGGCAAUGCGAGGUCUAGAUACAAUGGACGAUUAUUCCUCUCAUGGUUGCAAGAUGUAGAUGACAAAUGGGACAAGAUUAAGGAGUUCAUGGUUCUGAGACACCACAAUGAGGCUGAGUCGCUACAUGCAGUGCAGCGGAUGGACUGGGAGUGGAAGCUGAAGGAGCUUGGGGACUGUGAUGCAAAUUCCAGGCCACAUAUAGAUGAUUUACAUGUGCCUAUGGUCCAUGUAUCUGAUGACUUUGACCUCCUACCAGAAUGAAUUAGUUUACAUUUGCUGUAUGGAGUUAAAAGAGUUUUACAUCAGUAUACACAUGAUUUGAGCUUCACAUGCAUUUUAUAGGCAUGGAUAGUCUUCUGUCUAUAGUAAAUGGUCUUUGUGCUCACUGUACAGGGCAUAUACAGGAAUGAACCUUCACCACUGAGAAGGGGAUAGAGUUGAGAGAAACUCUGGCUGUGAUAUUUGUUUGCUGGUACUUUCCUGUAGGUCUAAAACAUAGCAUUACACAGGCCCAGACUCUAGUUCAAAUUUUGCAUAAGGUGCCCAAUAAAUCCCUAUGUUUGAAUGCUUUAUAGAUAAAUUACAACUUAUGAGCCACUGAAUAUAAUAAGUUGAUGCGUCUCCCAAUAACUACCAUAGGUUAGGAACUGUGUGUCAAAAGGCUGGGGUGAAGAAGGAGGUCUGUAUUUCUGUGAUAAUACAUUUGACUUUCAUAGUAUCUAGGGCAUGCAACACAAUCAUCAGUGAAUCAUUACCUGGGACAUCUCCUCUUGUGUCAAAGUGGAUGGUAUUGCUUCAUAUUAGAAUGCUUGUGGUGAAUGACGAUAAAAAAUGGGUUUAGAUUUUUUUUUAUUUGUUGGUUUCCUUAGAAAAAAUGGUGUAUGUUUGUGUGUGUGUGUGUGUGUGUGUGUGUGCACUACAUGUUUUAUGGAACUAAAUCAUAUUCGUUAUAUAAAUGUUCAUUGACGCCACAUUUUGCUUAAUGUUCAAGAUUAAUGUUUGACUUGACUUCACUCAGUAUGAUUAUCUAAUUGUAAUUGUUGCAUAGUCAUCAGAAAUUUGAUGUGGAAAUAUGUUCUAAGAAUGGCAUUGUCCAGUAUUUGUGCCAGUGUAUGAAGUGAGAAAUAUGAAUGGCUGGAUAAUAUUAGUAUGAAAAUUAUCAUCAGUCCAUUAAGUAAACUUGUCAUUUAAUAAUAAGUAUAUUAUAUUGUAAGAUUACUACUUGCUCAAUUUAAUAUAAUUUUAUUAAAACUUAUAAAAAAAAUGAGGAAGGACUUGGUUCUACAAGCCUGCUUGAACAUGUUGUAACGGAAAUAUCAAUAUGAUCUGUGUAUCAAGUGUUGGAUGUCUUGAACACUAAAGUGGUAAAUUCAGUCUAAGUCACAAUAAAUGAAAAAUUUCA